UCUCAGUUACUGUAGCUGAUUAAGAGAGGAAAAUAUUUCCUUUUACCUGAUUCAUCAGUUGUUUGUUUUUGAGGGAAGGCCAUGUUUACUGUAGCUUGAUUUUCAGUCUUUCCUUUGCUACCCUUUUCCUUUUGACCAUUUUUGUCACAUUUUGCACCCUUCUUUCCUACAAGAGAAUCCCACUCCUCCAGGAAUGUACCCUUUGUCUGGAUUCCCAUCUGCAGGCAAAUUAUCUGAGCAGUUGACAAUUCUGAGUUCUCUCUUAUUGCCAGCUUUGCUCCAGGCACCUCUGGAAUGAUGUACUAUGCCUGUAGUUUAUUGUCAUCCAAAUGAAUUUUGGCUUGUUGUCUUCUUUGCUGAUGUGUUUUUUCCCCUUUUCUGUAAACAAAUCUGGAGAUGACUUGCAAGGGAACUCUUAACCAGCAAUCCCCGUAAUAGGCUUGUUUGUAAAACAAGGGACAUCUUACCUUACCUCUUUCCCUUCUCUUUGUAUAUUGUACCUUUCCUAGUUAAUGGGAAAAAGAGAAUUCUGCUUAAGAUGUGCUUUCAUUGCUAUUCAAAUUAAGAACAAACAGCCACAUGCAGGAAAUGAGUAAAUACUUGAGCAUGUUGGUGCAGAGGCUCCUUUCUCAGUGUGAUUUUUGUUCUAUGAUUGUGCAAUUUCGGUAAUUUUAGCUUUAUAAUUCCGUGAAGGAAAUGAGUUUUAAUAGGGACUUCUGGGAAUGUGUGGUUUUUCUAGAGCAGGAGAGCUGUUAAAUGUUACUUUAUUUAAUCUUGUGCAUGUAAAAACGCUUGCAGUAUUUAUCCAUUCUCAGUCAAACCACGGGCUUUAUUAGACGAGCAUCAGGAGGUUGUGAGGACUUAAAGUGUUGCUGAUUUCACAGUAAGAAUAGAUGAACCAUGACCAUAGUUGACAAGACGUCUGAGUCCUCAAAGCCCUCGGCUUCUGAGAAGCAGCCCUUCAGCUCCGUGGCACCAGCUUCCGGUGAUAUGGACUCAGGCACUACAGGAUGGGGCGCUGUGUCGUCUUCGUUAGAAGCUCCGAAACACAAGAUCUCCUUGGGACCAGUGCCAGGAGCUGCAGUCUAUUCCAGUGCAUCAGGACCAGAUAAAUGCAAGCCUUCCGCCAAAGAGCUGUCUAUCGGUGAUGGGAUUGCAGCGCCCCAGAAGGUCCUCUUUCCGGCAGAGAAGAUCUGCUUAAAAUGGCAAAAGAUGCAUCGAGUUGGAGCUGGUCUCCAAAAUCUUGGCAACACUUGUUUCCUGAACUCCGCUCUGCAAUGUCUGACAUACACCCCUCCCCUUGCCAAUUACAUGCUUUCCUAUGAACACUCCAAAACCUGUCACGAACAAGGAUUUUGCAUGAUGUGCACCAUGCAAGGUCACAUCAACCAGGCUUUUUCUAAUUCCGGCACUGUCAUCAAGCCGAUGCCUGUCAUAAACGAUCUUAGACGAAUAGCAAAACAUUUCCGUUUUGGCAAUCAAGAAGAUGCGCAUGAAUUCCUAAGGUACACUGUUGACGCUAUGCAGAAAGCAUGUCUGAAUGGUAGCAACAAAUUGGACAGACAUACCCAGGCGACCACCUUCAUUCAUCAGAUAUUUGGAGGAUAUCUCAGAUCUAGAGUAAAAUGCAUGAAUUGCAAAGGUGUUUCAGAUACCUUUGAUCCGUAUCUGGAUAUUACAUUGGAAAUAAAGUCAGCUCAAAGUGUCAACAAAGCUCUGGAGCAGUUUGUCAAGCCCGAACAGCUGGAUGGUGAAAAUGCCUAUAAAUGUAGCAAGUGUAAAAAAAUGGUUCCUGCAUCCAAGCGGUUUACGAUACAUCGGGCUUCAAAUGUCCUCACCUUGUCCCUCAAACGGUUUGCAAAUUUCAGUGGUGGCAAAAUCACAAAGGAGGUGAAAUACCCAGAGUAUUUAGAUGUCCGACCAUACAUGUCCCAACCAAAUGGAGAACCAAUAAUUUAUGCACUUUACGCAGUGCUAGUCCAUACGGGCUUCAGCUGUCACGCUGGACAUUACUACUGCUACAUAAAGGCCAGUAACGGGCAGUGGUACCAGAUGAAUGACUCCACUGUUUCAAACAGUGACAUCAGAGCUGUAUUAAAUCAACAAGCCUAUGUGCUUUUUUAUAUCAGGUCCCACGACAUGAAAAAUGGUGGCGAACACAUUCAUUCAGUUCACAUGCCAGGGCAGUCUUCUCCCCGACCUGUUAUCAAUCAGCGGGUGGUCAGUAAUAAACAAACUACUCCAGGGUUUAUUGGACCUCAGCUCCCUCCACACAUGAUUAAGAAUUCAAAUCAUUUGAAUGGAACUGGAUCCCUGAAGGAAACGCCCAGCAGUACUGUGGCAAUCCCUAGCAAUGCUUCCCUCGUCAAGUCUCCUUCCGCACCGCCUGCCAUGUCCAUCUCAAAUUGGACCGUGAACAGGUCCACUGCUGCUGCCCCCCCGGAUCCCUCCAAGAAGCCAAAACUCACCCUCAGUAUUCACAAUAACAAGUUGCCUGCUCGCCAAAGCGUGUCGCACGCCAGCGGUACCUUGGACAACCUCAGCAAGCCUGCCCCGUCGUCCACCAUUUCUAACCCUUCCGCAGUGCAAUCUACCUCAAGCACGUCCACCAUCUCGGCUGCGAACCAGGUCUCCAAGCCGACCCCCCCCGGCGAGCCCUGUUCCAAGCUGGUCAUGAACGGCAGGUCCAGACGCAGCCCCAGCACGUUGGUCCCUUACGGAGCGGAAUCUUCCGAAGACUCAGACGAGGAGUCCAAAGGCCUGUUGAAGGAGAACGGCCACGCCAAAGUGUUCAAUGGCGUUUUACUAGACAGCGCAGCUGGCGGGCUGGAGAACCCUUGCUUGUCCCGUCACGGCCCUGAAAAGGAGGGGCCCCAGCACGAGCUGCCCAAAAACAUUACCGUGGUGGUCUCCAUUAGCCUGAACGAUGCCCCGAAGCAGUUCUGCAGUGAUUCCACCUGCCCAGUGAAGCCGGUGAGGCUGGCAGACAACCCGUUUUCCAAAACCAACGGGUUGCCCGGAAAAGGUCCUCCAGCAGCUUUGUCCCCGGUCCCUGAAGAGAGGGUCUUAGAUUCCUUCAGAUAUAAGCAGCCAAAAACCUUGUCUGGGGACUCCAGCAGUGGUCCCGAACCAGAAAAACUGCCAGCCGAGGAUGCUUCCGAAAAGGCCCCCGGUGCCCUUCCCAACAGCAUCUCAACCCCCCUGCCUUUGGACCCCGACGUCACGUCAACCACGCAGGACCCUUGUGAAAGGACUGCCCAGGCGGAAAAUGGGCCGCUCGAGAGCGACGGUCCACACGAUCCUCCGUCCGGUUCCCCAGGAGCAGAGGAAGCGGCCUUCCUAGGAGAAGGGGAUGGAGCGGUCCGGCCUGAAAGGGCAGGGGCGUCCAAAGAGGAGAAAGCAGCUUUGGAGAAGGGCCUGGAGCUUGCUGAAGGAAAGGCCAGGCCAGCAGAAAGAGACACGCAGAGCCCCCGGGUGAGGUCGGACGGUGACUGUAGGCCUCAUAAGCUAAAGGCCCCCCUAAAUGCAACUGAGAAAGGUCACGAAGCGCAGGACCACCCCCAGAGCGGCAAGGGUGCCCCACGCACCGAGAAUCCGCCCAUCCCGCAGCCCCAGGUGGUGGCUGAGGGCCAGCGUUCAAAGGAGGAAGGCAAGCCAGUGGACAGCAGCGAGCCAGCCCGGAGAAGCGUCGAAAAGCCGGGGCCGAGGUCCCCCCCUGAGGAGAAAGCCCACCCCUACAAGAAAGCCCACCAAGAGCACCAUCGCUCCAAAAGGAAGCGCUCCGAAAGUGAGGAAGAGGCGGCCGACGGGGCGGCCGACUGGAGCCAGCCCGAGGGGCAUCACGGCAAGCAGAGGUGCGCCCACAGCCGGGAGCAGGCCAAGCAGCCGGACCAGCACCGGUGGGAUCACCACGGCACGAGCUACUCCAGAUUCCCAGGCAGUCCCGAUCCUGCCCGGAGUUUGGGGAGGUACCCUCCUUACCGAUCCCGCAGCAGGGGGAAGACGGACUCCGAGCGGAGCAGACACUGUCGCGGGAAAGGGGAGCGAUCGUGGAGCCGGGAGCGGUACUACCAGGAGACGCCGAGGAGGUGGGAGGGGUGCCGACCUCACGGCUACUAUCACUCCGCUCCCCACGCCCCCAGGCACAAUCCCGAGAGGAAGUUUGCUCACUCCGAGAGGGACUACAGCAAAUCCAGCCACGUUUACAGCAGCCCCUACAAAUGCGAUCAUCACAAAAGCCGGUGGAGCCACGACCAGGACAGGAAAAGGCGUUCCCCUAACCCGGAGGCAAGCGAGUGUGCCCUCGAAAAGAGACACCCCAAGCUCUCGCAGAGCGGAUCUCUCGACGAACCCAGGGGGAGGAAGCGCAAGAAGUCCAAGAAGAAGAAAAAGUUAAAAGAUAAACACAGAGAGAGAGAUUACAGGCAUCGCCAAGAUUCCGACCCAUCUCCCUCCAGCUCGGAGGCCGAGGCCCACAAACACAAGCAUAAAAAGAGGAAGAAGAAGAAGAAGAAACGUGCAAAGAGAUCGGAAGACUGCAACGGAAGCUCAACACCUCUCCUUCCCAAGCCACCCGGCUUGGAAAUCAAGAAUUUCAAAACCCGGGAGGUGCCCAGAUCUUCUUCAGAGGCUUGUAGGAAACCCAGCCCAGCCUCCCACAAUGAAACCACGGCUGUUUGCCAGAAAGCAAAGGGCCUUGAAAGGAGCAACAGGGGUGGCUUCUGUCCACUGAGAGAUCAUAAUAUUGAUCCCGAGUGUCCGUUGGAAGCUACCCCUUCACCGCUUACAGUGUAUUUAUAAACCGAAAAGCGAUUAACUAAUUCAUAAUUGGUGCUUCAGAAAAUACUGUACAGGAUUUUACCAUUGAAGAACCCCCCCCCCUUUUUUUUUUUAAGUUUUUACCUUGAGUCUUUGUUCUUCUUUUUUUAAAAAAAAAAUUCUCUGCAAUCCCAAAACACAAGAGGAUGGACACUUUCUACAGCUGCUGAACAUUGUGAGCUUUACCCUGUCAAUGUCACAGUGAGAAAUAAUGCCCUGGAUCAGAACAUCUCAAAUGCUGCUUCGUUCCACGACUCAGGUUCAAUGUGUUUGUCCACGUGAUGUUGCCCCAAGUCCGCGUAUUUGGCACAAGGGGCAAGGAAACUAGCAAGCUGCAACUGGUAGGGUCUAUUUAAUUUAAGUAAUUAUUUAAACAUUUCACACGCAACUUGGAUUUCUUGCGAGCGCUCCAUCGGUUCCCCUCGGAUGUCUGCUACUAGAAACUCGACGUCAUUUCUUUCGUUGGAUUCCAGUCUUGGGCUUUGUGAGGUGUGUGUGCCAUUCAGACGCUUGCCAGGUUUUGAAUGUAUCACAGAACACGUCCGAAGACCGCCUGUCACCACAGCCCGUCCUCCGGCUUCAUCUUGGUUCCCAGAAUUCAUUUCAACGCCAACCGGCAAUUGCAGAGGGUUUGAGCGGCCAGUUUGUUGUGGGAAAUGCUUCUGCCUCCAUUUCCCCCACUCGAGUGAUCGUCGCCGUCUCCUCCCCUGGGUGUUCCUUCACCCAACCCAUCCUCCUCUAUUUCCAUCCCUUCCUUUUCGGCUUUUCUUCCCGCCCUCCGUGGCUUUGUCCUCAAGCGUCUACCUGCUCUGCAGAGUUUCUCUGUUGCUCUUUAAACGUGCUCAGGUCGUCUGGGCUUCGAGCCUGCGCUGGACGUAAGCGAGAGCAGGCGCCUGGGUCCACGGCUGCCUGAAGGAGCCAUUUUCAUUCUCCCACUAAGUUUUUAUUGCGUUAAUUUUAAUGUAGUGAUGCUCGUCUUGACAGGUCUCAGCCGUCCCUUCAAUGUUUCUAGUUACAGACACGUUCAUACUGUGAUUUAUUUUUAUUUUUAUUUUUUAAUGAUGAAAUGCUAUCAAACUGUGAUACACUUAAUUCACUGGUCCUGCAUCAGGAGACAGAGUGGGGAAAACUGUAUUAAAUACAGUUCAUCUGAAUAAUCUGUCUGAUUUAUACAAGCCGUGUUGUUCAGAGAUGUCUAAAAGUUUGAUCUUUGUUUUUUUAAAGAUAAAAGCACUUGCCCCACUUGUAAAUAUAUGGCAUGUAAAAUUUAUAUAGUAUAUAAAUCCAACAAAUCAAAUCAAA